AUGGAGCCAACUUCAAAGGCUGCAGGGAGGCUUUUAAUGGAGAGGAUCCCACAUCUAUUUUGGACACCAUGUGCUGCCCAUUGCUUGGAUUUGUUAUUAGAGGACAUUGGGAAGAUCAAGGAAUUCAACACUUGCAUCAACAUGGCAAAGAAGCUACACAAACCACUUCUUGUUGCUCUUAGGAUUGCAGAUGGAGAUGAGACACCUGCGGCUCUCGAGAUUAUGGCAGCCAUGGAUCAUGCAAAGGCUGCAAUCAAGGAUUCUUUGAAAGACAAACCAAAUUUACUCAAAGAGGUACUAGAAUAUUUUGACAAGAGAUGGGAAAACCAAAUGGAGCGGCGGUUGUAUGGAGCAGCCCUAUACUUGAAUCCAAGCAAGUACUUUGCCAUAAGGGAAAAAGAUAGGAGACAAGCCACAAAGCUGAGAAUUAUGUUUAAUCAAGUUAUGUGGAAGAUGGUGAGUGAUGAUGAGGACCAAAACAAGAUAAGCAAGCAAGCGGAUGACUAUGAGAGGUCUGAAGGCCAAUCCUUCUCAAAGCCGGGAGCAAUAAGAGACAGAGAUAGAAAAAAUCCUAUUCUUUGGUGGGGUGCAUAUGGUGGCCUGACAUAUGAACUUCAAUGUUUAGCAAAAAUGAUUGUUAGCCUUUGUUGUUCUCGCAUCCGGAUGCGGCGUAAUUGGAGUGAAUUUUCUCUUUUUCAUGAAGGUGCUGCCAAUGCUAUUACUUGGGCUAAUGUGGAUGAUGCUAUUGGUGCAACUCGGGUCUAG